GGGACGGCGGGUUGAGGAGCGUUCGGUCUGUCGCUGCUGUUUGCUGUCUGUCCGUCCGUCCGUCAUGCUGCGGCUCCUGCUCCCGCUGGCCGGCUUAGCGGCGCUCCUCCGGGCGGCGGCUUUGUUGACCCAAGGCAUCCCUUCAUAACCACAUUAUUGCCUACUGGAGACUUCUGUAGAACAGAAGGGAGCAGUCAGGAAGCAAAGAUGAUCUUCAAGCAACUGCCCCUUGAAGCAAAGGCUGCAGUGGCUGCAGGAAUGGUUUUCUUCUCCAUGAUGCUAUCGCGGAGUUAUCUGGCAGAAAAACUCGAUCUCAGGACACGGCGCUGGCUUCUAAGGCUGCAGAUGGCCCUAUUUGCUAAUGCACUCAUGUUGAUAGGAUCUCUUCAUGUUUGGAGAAGCACAGUCACCACGUUCUCCAGGUCUUCGGCUGCCAGCUCCUUCUGUUUCAUGCCGUGGAAAAUAGCUGUGUUCAUGUUUCUAGCUUUGGCUCAUUCAAGUUUCUUUACAUUGCUAUUUCUUGUUGCGGAAGAGCCCUAUUUCUUUUCUUUAGCUGCUUACACUUGCCUGGGGGCCUAUAUCAUUCUUAUCUUCUUCCUCUUCACUCUAGGCUCUGUCGAGCAGGCUUACAAAUUCUUGGCUGGGAGAGGCGCUAAGGCAGGCACUGGCAGCAAGAACAGAACAGCGAUGAAACCUGUUUUGGCAGUCAUGUUGACUGUUGUGCUGACUGUUGUCGGUCUGUUAAAUGCUUCCCAGCCUCCUACUGUGAAUUCAGUGGAGGUUCCAGUUCACAAGCUGCCUUCAGCAAUGAAUAAUCUGAAAGUGGUGUUGCUUUCAGAUAUCCAUCUGGGGCCUACGGUUGGGAAGACUAAGCUUGCUAUGAUUGUGAGAAUGGUUAAGGCUUUAAAACCAGAUAUCACUGUGAUUGUUGGAGACCUGACUGACUCUGAGGCAGAGAUCAUACGACCUGCUGUUGAGCCUCUUGGAGAACUUAACUCCCCUUUGGGAACUUACUUUGUCACGGGAAACCAUGAGUACUACACGUCAGAUGUUAGCAACUGGUUUGAGCUGUUAAAGUCAUUUAACAUUCGGCCACUCCAUAAUGAGAAUGUGAAGAUUGUUUCACCAAAGAGCACUGAUGACUGGUUCUGCCUGGCUGGCGUUGAUGAUAUUGAAGCAGAUGUAUUACGCUACUCAGGACAUGGUAUGGAUUUAAAAAAAGCUCUCAGAGAUUGUAGUAGUGAGCAUGCAAUAGUGCUGUUAGCUCAUCAGCCAAUUGCUGCAAAGUGGGCCCUUCAGGAAAGACCAGACAUAAAUUUAAUUCUUUCUGGCCAUACUCAUGGAGGGCAGAUGUUCCCACUAAAUGCUGGAGCUUAUUUUCUGAAUCCAUUCUUUGUUGGCUUGUACAAAGUUGGGCAGAACACCUUUGUCUAUGUCAGCCCAGGGACGAUGUACUUUGGAAUACCCAUGAGGUUGGGCAGCAGAGCUGAAAUAACAGAGAUAAUUUUACGUUCUCCUUGAGGAGUUUUCCAUUUGACAGACUUCUGCUUUCUUUUUUGGUCAGUACAUUCAUUGGCUCUUCUGCUCCGAAAGCAAAUCCUUUUUCAGGGAAGCCAGAGAAGAUGUGUUGGGGUGGACUUCAGCAGGUUCUGUAAAGCUUGAGCAGAAAACACUAACUAUAUCCUGGGCCUAUGACACAAAUUGGGGGCAUGUUAAAAUGUUGAAGAAAUUAAUACUUUGAGUUCGUUAUUAUUGAGGUUCUGCAUUUAAAGGUAACACUGAUGUCAUGGAGAUAAUGUGUGUCCUGUGCAUGUUUAGUAAUAUCUGUGUCUUGCGGCUACUUCAUGUUCCACUGUUUAUCCAUCAGGCAGCUCCUUGUCAAAUCUCAGACAGGGGAAGUUCUGAUCUCUUGCAAUGAAGUUGCUCAUGCAUGUUUUCCAGAUGGGACUACAGUGUCCACUGAGUAUGUAAACUCUAGAAACUUAUGCUAGAAAUGUUAUGGGAAGGGUAUAAUUGUAGGUUGGUGUUUGUUUGUUUUUUGUGGGUUUUUUUUUUUUUUUGUUUGGUUGUUUUUUUUAUUGAGGCUGGAUAUCUUUAUGCCGCUAGCUGUCUACAGCACGCACCAGAGCUUCCAGUCUGUGCUGCUUACUGGUACAGUAAGUUGCCAGGUAUCAGUUCCUGAAAUUCAAUUUUUUCCAGUUAAAAAGGUGGGAAGACUGAUAUCAAAGGGUGAAAGUAGCAGUCUUUCUGCAGGCAUUUUCCCUAGAAUAACUGGGCAUCUAGUAAUUACUUACUGAAAAUAGCUCUAAUAAAAGCAAAUGAGAAAUAUUACAAGUUUUCUAAUCUCUGAUGCUAUCAGAGCAUACAGUACCUCUUGAUGUAAAGCACAAAAUCCAAAGCUGAAAUAGUCUCUAUUCAUUCUUUAUUUUUUUGUGUAUGCUUAAUUUCUCUUCUGUGAUUUUUU